UCACCUCCAAGAGAAGAUAAUCAUGAGAGAGCCACACCAGAGUGAUCCAAAAAACUCAGAAAGAAUGCUUAAAACUGAGAAUCAUUCAUGCCCUUCUCAUCACCAUGAGUUCCAUUUCUAGUCCAGCCAUAGACACACCAACAACAAAACACAUCAUGACCUCGGAUUCCCAUGGUUUGUCAGAUUCAAGGACAAUAGGGGAACGUGUGUGUGCAGCGUUGACGCCAUUGAUGGUGGCUGUCGCAGGUUGUUUGGGUUAUUGCUCAAACAGCGUUGUGCAGGAGAACAAACGUUGUCCCUACACUGCUGAGGAUUUCGCAACCCUUGCUGCUUCAACAAGAUUCACAAUUAAGGAAGUGGAGGCAUUGCAUGUGUUGUUUAAAAGGUUAAGCAGCACCCUAAUCGAUGAUGGUUUUAUUCACAAGGAGGAGCUUCAAUUGGCAUUGUUUCAGACACCAAAUGGAAAAUAUUUUUUCUUUGAUCGAGUUUUUGAUGUUUUUGACCAAAAAAGAAAUGGUGUAAUUGAGUUUGACGAAUUUGUCCUUGCUCUCAGUGUUUUCCAUCCAUAUGCCCCCAUAGGUGAAAAGAUUGAUUUUGCAUUUAAGCUCUAUGACCUCAACCAAACUGGAUUUAUCGGAAGAGAGGAAGUGAAGCAAAUGGUUGUAGCCAUUUUGAUUGAAUCAGACGUGAAUCUUCCUGAUGAUCUUCUUGAUGCUAUUGUGGACAAGACAAUUGCUGAUGUGGAUAAGGACAGUGAUGGUAAAAUCAGUAAAGAAGAUUGGAAAGCUUUUGUGAGUGAAAAUCCAUCCCUCUUGAUGAACAUGACACUUCCUUACUUGAAGGAUAUCACCAUUGUGUUUCCAAGUUUUCUUUUCAAAUAAAGGAGGCAGAAAUUUAAAGGCCAUGCUUUUGUUAUCUUGGCAUCAAUGUUAAUAAAUGUUAAUUAGAAAUAAAUUCUACAAUAGAAACUGUAUGUGGAUAAUUAUAUGUAUUAGUUAUGUAUUAGAAAGUGGUUUUUGUAUUAUAAUGUAUAGGGAAUAAGUUAGUGAAGUAA